CCUAUUGCCCAAAAAUAUUAUGGCUACUGAAAGUAUGAUGAUGAUCUAUUAAUGGAAACACAUAAAUCAAUGGAAUCAAAUUUUGAAAAUAAAAUUUAGUCAUCAUUGUUAAUGUUUAAACAAUAGACGUUACAAAGUGCGAGCUCGUAUUUUUACAAAAAUGAAAUUAUUCCAAAGUGAUAUAUUGGGUGUUUUAAUGUUUUGUUUCCUCACAUACAAUUCAGUAAAUGCAGCCUGCAAUGUAUGCCAAGAGAAUAAUGUUGCCUGUGUUAAUUUGACUUCAUAUCAUAUGUGUUUUGGAGGUACCAAACCCAAUACUGAGCAAUUAUUCUCCUGUCCGGAGGGUUUAGUUUGCACGAAUUUGCCAAAUAUCUGUUUUCAACGCAGCACUUUACCAGCUAGUUGUGGUGAUACUUCCAGUUGUGGCAAAUGCAAUUCAAAUCAAGUUUUUGCUUGUACUACACGCACAACAUUUGCCUUCUGUUUUGGCUCCACAAUACCUUCGGAAGUGGUGGGAUCUUGUCCUGGUGGUAAAAUAUGUGAUGCUUCCAGUGCCGAUUUUUGUGUAGAUGAAUUAACGCCGAAUUCUAUUGUAUGUGAUUUGGAACAACCACCAGCUUCAUCAUUUCUACGAAAAUUAUUUUACUAUGCACAACAUUUUGAUAAUCAUACUGAAAACUAAAUUGUAUGUGUGUUGUUACUUAUAAUAAAUAAUCCCCA